UCUGCAAACAGACAGAGAUUGGCCUCUCCAUGCGGGAGUUAAGAUUUGGCUGUGCUUGCAACGGGGUCUAGCAUGAGGCAUGGUUUCAGACCAACUACCUCUAGUUGUACCAUAGAUAAUUUGAAACAUUAGUUUUAUAUCUGGGGCCUGUUGUUGUUGUUGUUAUUAUUUAGCAUCUCCCCACACUUUAGCACCUCUGGAGGUCCUGUCUCAGCCCCUCUCACUGCCGGCCGCCCAGCAAAGGCUCCCCGCCCGCAUCCCUCCGGCAUCCCCCCGCCAUCCAAAGGCACCGCACACCGGUCGUAUUUUUUUUUAUUACUAUCAUUAUUAUUCGUUACGUGCGUUCCAAACCUUUGAGAGGUCCGUGCCUCGCUGCAGCAGCGGCGAGCCCGCAUCCCGUUCCCUGGCGUUUGGCGGUGUCUCCCUCGCUCCCCGCGCUCCCUUCCCCGCCCCGGGGCCGCCGGAGCGCGGCCGGCGCUGACCCGCGGCCGAGAUGCGCUCCCGGGUUUUUCCUCUCCCCGGGGGGAAAAAGGGGCCGUUCUGCUCCGGGCACCUCUGUCAGCUGAAGGGGGCGGGAGCUGCAGCCUUGAAGUAGAAAAGGAAGAAGGAAAAGCAGCGAGGAGACAGCGAGCGGUGCCGGACAGCGGUGGGCGGUGGGCUGAGCCUCCUGGGCACCGCGGGCUCGGCGGGGAGGAGGAGGAGGCAGGAGAGGAUGCGGCGGCUGAACACCCUUUCUGCCUUCCUCCGAGGGGAAGGAAGAAAGUGGGGGGAAAGCGGCAGAGCUGGCACAGAGCCCGCUGAGCUCUGCCAGGGACUGCCCGCCUGACACCCCAGCAAAGUUUGCUGAGCUCGGUGACAGGAGGGGAGGAGGGAUGUGAGAUCCUUCACCCCGCGGCGCACAGCUGGGCUUCCAGCGCUGCUUCUGCCGGGACCAGCCGUGGCUUUGUCAUCCCCGACCGAAAGGUGAAGGGGAGACCCGGGGCAGCCGCUGUCUCCAUCGCCAUCCCUGGCCCCACGCUCCAGCCCAGGAUUUCAAGGCAACAGGAGACUGGAAACAGCCUUCUCAACACAGCAUUCACCCUGUUGAGGACUGAGGUGACCUCCAAGGCUCUUCCCAGCAUGUUCAGUGAAAAGAGCAGCGCCUCUUUGUCCCAAAAACCCACCAAGAAAAAGACCCGGCCCCAGGGCCUCCCCUCCCCAGCCCUCUGCUGCGCCUGUGGACUCUGCAUCAUGCUGGCAGGGAUCAACAUCACCUUAGUGGGAGCAUUUGCUUUUGGGACCUUCCUCCCUGUGAACAACCCUCCCAUCAUCAUCGGGCCCAUCUUGUUGGUGGUGGCCUUCACGUUCUUCGGGGCCUGCUGCAUCUGCAGCCGGAGGCCGCCUGCUCACGGGGCCCGCAAAUCCAAGCCGGGUUCCAACAUGGGGCUCAUCAAGCCUGGCAACACGGCCUUUGAAAUCGAGACCAGCGAGCACACGGUGCAGGACACCACCGCCGUCCAGCUGAGCCCCACCAACUCCCCCAUCUCCUCCAAAAAGUCCACGCCGGUCCACGAGAGCGCCAAGGCCUGCAAACUCUUCACCAUGGAGGGCAACGGGCCGGCGGCCAAGUACACGCCAGGAGGAGAGGCCGUCCAGCUCAACCUGCCCAGGGACCUGGCCACGUCCUAAACCCGGGCAAAGCUUUUGGCAGCAGCCGGCCAAACGCUGCCGUGGGUGGGCUGGAGAUGUGCCAUGGGUCAGAGGUGUGGGAAGGCUCCUGUGGAAAGCCUGCAGUCAGGUCUCUCUGGAUCGCUUUGAGGGAGAUGGAUGCAACAGCAGAAAAAAAAAAUAAUCCAGGUUUUUGCUGAAACGUGCCCGUUAUACAGUUUUAGAAAGAAAACUGAUAAUGAUGCUGCUGUGAAAAGAUGACCUCAGUUCCUGGAAAUAUGCUGCCAUUUUUGGGGAGCAGAUAGGAAGAGGGGAAUGAAUUAAUUUGUCUGAUAUAAUGUGGAAAUGUGACAGUUGAAAGGAGAGGGCUACAUGGGACUGACAAAUGACAGCUCUUUCUUCUCAGAAGUGAAGCAAUUCUUGGACAUAAAAGAAGCAGGAAUGCAGUAAAUUACAGCUUGCUGCCACUCAGUCACAAGAAUAUUUCAGCAUUUUUAGUGCCAGACUUUUUGGCAGUAGGGACAAAGCUAUGUCUUUGCUACUGAAAAAGCAGUGUGAAGCCUUCUCCCCUCUGUUGAAAAUUCUUCUCAUCUGGGUGAUUUUAAUGUCCAUUCCAAGAGAAAGAACCACAAGGAUCACAAUUAGCACUGGUAUUUUCCUCUCAUGUUAAUGAGUUUGAGCUGCAGCUGUGCUACUCCUCACAGUGUAUUUCUUGGAAGAUCAGUCAGGCUGAGUCCUUGGGGAUAAGCUCCUGGAGUAACCAGAGGCUAACAGGAGACUGCAAAUUACAUUUUCGGGCCAUGAUUAUGUAUUGAGUGCUGGGCAACAUUCUUCCCAUAUUUUUGUGGAAGGCUGGCCUGGGACACGCCUCAGGGCAGGGGGUAAAUAACUGUAUGGGCUUGAGAAUAGCAGUGCUGCAGGAUGAUCACUCUAUUCCUGAUCUCACCUGCAUCACCUGUGAGAUCCGCUGCCCAGGAGUGGAUCCUUGCUGCAGGAAAUGAGCUGCUCGGGGUGCUCAUGGGCUUGCAAAGCAGUGGGAUGACUUUGCAGAAGAGAAUUCAUCAAGAGCUGUCCCAAGCAAAGACGCCCCCCUCUGCCUCAGAAAGACCCUGAUCUGAUGGAAUAAUGCUGCAAAGGAUUUGUGUUCUUCUCUGGGUGACUCUGGCUGGGAACAUGGUGCUGUGCUGAUGGGCUUUGCUCUGACUCGUGUUCACAUGUGGGAUCUGGGACCAGUAUGGGGAAUACAGCACUGCUAGGCAGGACUUGUGUGUCAGGGGGCAGCACAAAGAGACUGGAUUAUGAGUAGGAAUGGCUGCACAGGUCCUCUGUUUGUGAUAACUCUAUAUUUGAAAUAAGGUUUUGGAGACUCGAAUGACAAAGAAAUCAUCUGGACCAUACCACAUCACUACAAUGGCCCAGCUAGCCCAGAAUCCAAUUUCUGACAAGAUUGGAGAGGAACAUAAAGACAGAGGAAAACCAGGAUUCUGCUUGCCCAAAGUGCUUUCCCAGCUUCCAGUGUGCUAUUGCUUAGGAGCUUCCUGAGCUGGAAGUGGUGCCUGUGUGUAGUACCCCUGAAUGGAUUUCUCCUUCAUGAAAUAAUCCAUUUGCACCUUAGCUGUCUGUCAGUUCUCAUCAUUUGUGAUCCUGCAGCAGAGAGUUGCACAUUUUGGCUUGUUUUCAUCCUGCAUCUUACUACCUCCCUUUGAUGGUCCAAAUUUCCCAGGUUAGAAGGGUCAGCAGAGUCCAUGCCCUCACCACCACUCUGGUUUUCUGAGAUGUGUUUUCCAUGUCAUGUUCCCUCCAGUUACCUCUUUCUUACUGUACUUUACAUCUCUAAUAGCCAGAGGGAGGUAACUCUUCCAUUUAGCCCAGCAUCAGCUCCUUGCUUGGCUGAGGGCAACACAGCCCUGAGGCUUUAGCCAUCAGAAAUCCACAUAGAGAGAGGUGGGAGGGCUGAAGGGGAAGUGCUGGAGGAGAGAGAGGGGUUGUGGCAUGGCCAAGGCUCCCUUGGGCCAGCAGGUACCUCUGUGAGAGCCAUAUGGAUGCUGUGCCAUGGAACACGUGUGGCCGUGUGGGAGAAAAAAGCCAUGGUGCUGCACAGGAGGUGUCCUGGUUGCUCUGGGGAGCCACUGGGCAGCUGAUGGUCCCUGCGUGAGCCCAGGUAGGAUGAGGUUGAAUUGAAAUAAUUCCUUGACAAAAGAUUAACCAAAGAGUCAUAACGUGAGUCCUUGAGUCCUCCAGCAGUUUGCUGUCUUCAACAGCUCCUUCUCCACCAGGAAUUACAUCUUGAUUUUAGCAGGGCUGGUCUGUACUGGCUAGGAGGAGAAGAGGCAGGUUUGGGAGAAGGGUGUUGGUGUAGGGCUGGGUAGAUGUGGGUUCAGGUCUUUGGAACAGCCUCCAGGUCCUGGGCAGGUCAUUGUGCUGUGAGAGGGCAAUUGCCUGCUCCCAGCUCUGUGGAAAGCUGCUUUAAGGAUGAGCAUUGCCAAGGAGCAGGGUUGGUAUUGGCACACCUGAGGGGUUUCUCCAAGGUGGAUGGGUCUGUACAGCCUGAUCCCUGUGUGAUUUCCCCUAGAGCUCAUCCUCUUGGGGAGCUCUGCCCCCAGCACUGCCUGCCCUUUGGAAUGCAGAAACUGCUGUCUGAGAAAAAGGCUCCCACGAUUUUUGCCUGCCCAUGAUUGCUGUAGCAAUUAAGCAGAACAGCUUGCUGAUGUAGGUUUGAUUCCCAGCUUGCUGGCCUCACUAGCAUGCAACAGCUUGGAAUUCUUUUAGAGGCAUUUCCCAUGUGAAUAUGGUUACUGCAAGACUUUUCUCUGAGCACUUGAAGCCAAAAAAUUAGCAAAAUGAAGUGAUAACCAUACAAUUCCUUUCUUUGUUCACUGAAGUCUUGAAAGCCUUGUCUGGAGAGCAUCCUGGAAUCACUCCUUAUCACAGCUGCCCUGUGAAAUGCUACCAGAGAUGGAUAAUACAAUGCCUGACCAAGAGAUGGUAUCUGGGCAGGCAGAGGGGUGGGACCAGUGAGAUGCUGAUCCCCUGGUGUGGUGGGUGUGCCCACCAAGCUGUAACCCCAGCUGCCUGCCCAGCAAGGUGGCCAUGGGAGCAUCUGCUGCCUUCCUGCUCUUGCCUUUUUCUGUCUUUGGUAAUUUCCAUGUCUGUCUGUCUGUUCACCCCCGUGAUCAGCUGUGCCUGAUGUUGUUGUGAAUCUCGUGCCUCCUUGUGCAGUGGCAGAUAAGGAGUUCCUAGUUCUCCAAGUCAGCAUUUCUGGUGUGAGUCCUUUUUUAAAAAAUUGCUAUUUCUGUGUGUGCAACGUGGAAUUUGGAAAAGACAGACACAUUAAAAUAAUUGCACUCAGAAAGCAUUUGGCCUGCCUGCUUUUUCCUUCUAACAACCACCUUCUCCUUUAUCCCCUGUGUGUGCCCCAAUCCUGCCUGUGUUCAUUUUGCCUCAUGCUCCUCACUCUCCUGUUUGUUUUCCCAGACAGCUGCAAGGAAAAAGUGUCCCUAAGAAUUCACAUUGCCUCUCGAAUGCCACUUUUCCUUGAAGUCCUGGUUGCCUAAACACUAGUGCCACUGCAGGCUGCCACUAUCAUUGCCUUGACUGACAUGGGAAUAACCAAACUCAGCCUUUUUUUGGCUGCAUGUGUGUGUUUAACCCCCAGCUGGGUACCUGACCAGGCCAGGUGUGAACUGUGGGCCUCUGGGUUCUCAGGGACACAGGAGGAGCAGGGCUGUGGGCUGGGUCAGGAAUGUGGGCUGCUCUGAUUCAGUGUCUCUGGUGAUGGAGGGCUGGACUGGAUUAUUUCAGCCCUGGGUAGAAAUGAUAUUUAAUUUGUGGUGCAGGGGAGGGCUGGGAGCUGUAUCUGUGUGUGCCUGUGUGUGUUUAGGAUUGGUGCUGUCACCUCUCCCUGCUCGUUCUGGGCUCAGCCCAACACGAUCUGGAGAUGAGUCAAAGAGGGAUAGCACAGAGAGAAUAAAGAGGAUUAGAGAGCCUUGCAAAUUCACCUCGUCAAAGGGCUUCUCUCCCAUGUGCAGUCAAGUGAUUUGAGAUGAGAGGAAAUCUCUCCAUUCCAGGCAGCCUGGCUGGUUAAAGACCUGAGAAAUGAGCUGGCUAAGAAGGCUCCACUGACAAUGUGUGUAAAAUGAAAACCUUUUCCCUUCAGAAAGGAUUUUUUUGGCCAUUAGGAAAAACUCCCUGGAAAGGUUUUUAGUGUUUAAAAGUGAGACCAGAGAGAAAAGCACGGAGGAGAGUUUGCUGAGCAUCCAGUACCACCCUCCUGGACUUGCAGCCUGUAGCAUUCCUGCCACAGCAGCUGCUCUGCACUAACCUGAGCUUCUCUUUCCAUCUGGAAGAAUAAACCAGAAACAUUAUAUGAAAUGUAAUUAGCUUUUUCUAAUUUCCAGCCCAAAUUUAUCUGUGGCUGGUUUAUUUCCUUUUAUCCUUGUACCAACAAUGGCUCUUAACCAAGAUACCUUUUAACCUUCUGGAUUUUUUUUAUCCCUGAAACAUUUUAGGUUUGCUGCAGAUCUCCUAGAGCUUUUCUUUCAUUAGGCUGAGAUGGCUGACUCCUUCCAUCCUUCCCUCCUGUGAAAUGCUCACCUUUGCCUAGGAGGCCUUACUUCCUUCUGCCUUAAUCCUCUGAUUUUGGCUCAGGAGCUCCAUGAGUGCUCUUGAACAGUCAUUCUUUUACAGGACUCCCAAGUCCACAGCAAGUACAAACCUUCCAGGUCUGUCUUGUACAAGUAAAUGGGCUUUUUCCGUGGAUAAGGAAAGGAAGAGGGAAAAAAAAAUCCCUGAAAGGGCAAAAAUAUCCAUGAAAAUGUGUCAUUUCCAUUUGCAGAGUCCCUCUGUUAAA